AGACGCUAGUGUGUGGUCACCCACUCUCAAAGCCUGUUCGGCCGCAUCGUCGUUCAAUUGUUGGUGCGCCCAGCCAACUGGUGCAACGCUCUACUCGCUUUCCACUAAAUUUUGUUUUUCGCGAUCUGAAUUUCGAUAACCGUUGAAAAUAGAACGCCGGCACUUUUUACGAUUUUACGUCUAUUAUGUGUGUCAGUAGUAGGAGAAGGAAAAUAGAGGAUGUUUGUUUCUAGGAAAGUGUUGUGUUGUGAAUAGUGACACGCGAUUUCCAAGUUAAGUUUCAGUUUCGGCGUCCAAAGUGCGCCAAAUUGAAGGCGAAUGAUGUGACUGAUCGGGUUUUGCUUUGUUUAUUAUGCGUAUUAUUAGUCAUUAAAAUGAUCUAUAGUUCAGAGAAUUCCAUGGCUUCUAGACGCAAUAUUUUUCAGUUCGAAGAUGAUGGAGAUGGUUCGGUCGAAAGAAGCGUCCACCGCCCCUACGGGGGUAAGGUGCUGCAGCAGCAAUGGGUCACGUUGACUGCUAGCAUGUGGCCGGAACCAACGGCCUCACCGAGGGGCUGGAGAGUGUCUUCAGAACGAUUACCUUUGCUGGCUGCUGUUUUUUGCGGUGCCGCUGUUGUAUGCUGUCUUCUUUGCGCAUUCGUUCUUUAUAAGUGUUGCGUCAUGCCGCGCAGGGAGAAGAAUUUUUGUUUAAGAAAAUUAGAUCCCAAUUCUGCAAGUGCCCAAUCUCACAUGCAAACCCCCAUACCAUCACAAGCUAUCAUAUACGCUGAGCAAAAGGGAAGUGGAUGGGGAUAUAGCAAUCGACUUGUGACUCCGGUGCAAGGCGGGCCUUGGUACAUACCGAGGAUUGGUGCACAGCAAUGUACCCAAUGCCCGGGGAUUUGUCCAGUGCCCAGAAGUAGCAGUAAUCCUGGAGGCUCAAGCCAAAUCCAAACUUCGAAACAGAUGGGUUCUUCCAGGAAGCCACGACCCAUGAGCCAGCCUGUUCAAUUAGGUGCUUCCAGUUUGAUGUCAGAUGGGGAAAUAGUGCCGAAACAUCUGCCAAUGCCAGAAAUAUGUGAAUUUGCUCCACAGAGCGCCCAGUAUGCUUCAAGUAGUAUUCUAGAUGAAGUUUCCUCAAAAGAUGAAGACAUAUCGUCUGGACCAACGCUCAAAACGCGGAGUUUGCCCGCUUGGGUUAGAUCCAAGCCAAGGCCUCUAUCUACAGAAGACGACCUCAACGAUCUUUAUGCGAAGGUAAACUUCAGUAAGAAGCGAAAAAACCGCAUGAGAAAUGAUGAGGCAGCAAUCAUCGCUUUAAGUAAGUCCAGAAGUCAAUUCUUGCACAAAGACACUGACUCAUUGGUUGAUAACGAAGCUGUCAUCGUAUAUGACGAGAGAACGGCUUUAUAGAUAUAAUAAGAGUAAAAAUAGAAGACAAUAAGUUUGAAUCCAGCAUUUCGAAAGCGUUGAACGAAUAUUUUUUUGUAAACAUGAAUAUUACUCGCGAAUAUAGCAAGUGUUCAAAAAAUUCAUUUAAUUUGAGUAUACGUUACUUAUUAUGUUACUUAUUAGUAGUUAUAAGCGUAUCAGAGAGUAAUUCCGUAUCUUUCAGCGCUACAUUGAAAUUUUUACAAACUUUCAUAAACAUUGAGAAAGUUGAAGUGAUUACCUACUUUACACUUCAGUAAGGAACAGUUAAACGAUUCACAGAUAUUAAAUGAAAAGAGAAUUCAGACAUAAAAAAUAAAAACAUAUCAUAUAUAAAAAACAUCACUGGUUACAAGGUUUCUGGUUCAAUGUGAAUCUAUGUGAAUAUCAUUUUAUGAUAUGUUUACCAUUACAUUACUAUCAUGUUUGUUUCAUGAAUUUUAUCGGUAGUGAAAGAAUCUAUAUUUUUAAUAAUUGAUUUCCAAUAUUCCACCCUAUCUGGAAUAUUUCACUCUUUAUUUUCCUUUUUCGAUUAUAAUAAGUAGGUGGCAUAUGUUUCUACACCUUGCAUGCACUUUUUGGGUUUUACCUAGAGAUUCAUAUCUUAAUAAUCAUGGAAAUAUAAUCUUUUUAUAUCUAUUUUAAAUCAUCGGUAUUAUUCAAUAGUGAUUUAUCGAUUCUUUGGAAGGUUUGGUGUUGAAAGUAGUGUCACUUAUGAUUAUAAUGAGUUAAUGCUAAGUAGUAUGUAAUCGAUAAUUACCCAUUACAUUAGACAAUAUUUUCACAAGAAGUCUAUAAGAAUAUAUCGCGAAUGAUAAACUGAAAAAAAUGUUAUUGUUGAAAUUGAAAAUCUAAACAUCAAGACUGAAAUUAUCGUGAAAUUUGUAUCGAUUACGAUUAAUUUUUAUAUAGGUUUUAUAAUGUUGAAUAAGGCAGACACAUUCAAUCGGCCUAAAAUUAACGUACACUUUGAUUAUUCUCUUAUUUUACGUAACUUACGAUAUCUCAUAUCUCGUUUAUGAAAUGCAGGGUGAAUUUCAAGAUGUAGUAGGUAGAUAUGUAUGCAUAUUUCUCAUGAAAAAUAACUAUACAGCGCUAAAAAAUGUCUUGCGGAAGAAAGGAAUUUAAACAAAAUAUAUUUAGCACGACACAAUGCAUCUCAAUUGUAACAGAGUAAAAGUAAAGAACAUUAGUGGAAUUCAAGUAUACCUAAUUUUCUAAUAACUUCAAUCGAUGAGUAUUGGAGAGUUCAGUUUGAUACUCAAUUAUUUGAGUGCAUUCACUGAAAAUUUUAGAGUUAUAUAGAAGUUAUUCACACUCUUCCUUAUUAGCAAACUAACUUACAAUAAUGUAUUCCGAAAGUUAGGCAAUUUUAAUAAUUUUUAGUAUGUAUUAUCAAUUAGACUAAAGUAAAAACUAGAAUUUAUAUAAUGGUAUUAUAAUAUUAAUUGUUAUUAUGGAUGAACGAUAACUCUGUGAUAAUCUCAUACUGAAGUAAGGUUUCCAAUUAUAUAUCAUUUAACUUAUUGAAAAGACUGUAAUAAAAUUAAAUUAUAUAUGUAUACAAUCUAGUUUACCAAAUCCAUGCACGAAUUAAUGAUAUUUGAAUCUUUGGUGGGAUAAUUGUUUCAAAAAAUAUUGAUAGAUAAGAAAAUUUUAUAAUUUGAUGUUUAGUUUUAUAUAAUAAAAACAAAUAUGGAUUGAGAAAAAUGCAGUAUCUAUAUGUACAUUUGGAACAAUAAAACUUUCAGUUCAAGUGU